UUGUGCCGUCCUUGGCUGGGUGGGGAAUGGUGUCGCCUAGCAGCCGCGCCGCUCUUGCCUGCACAGGAGCUGUUGGCGGGAUCCAGAGUCCGGGCGGAACCGCGGUGGGGAGCGGUCAGGCGUGGCAGCUGGGCUGACUUUGGUCCGUGCGGCAGAUCAGGGGCCUCUGCUGGUUGCCAGGCUCGGUUAGGUGGGUGGAUCUUGAAGGUAAAGCACAGUGAAAGAUUUCAAGAUGCCACCUAAUAUAAACUGGAAAGAAAUAAUAAAAGUUGACCCAGAUGACCUGCCUCGUCAAGAAGAAUUGGCAGAUAAUUUAUUGAUUUCCUUAUCCAAGGUGGAAAUAAGUGAGCUAAAAACUGAAAGUCAAGAAAAUGUGAUACACCUUUUCAGAAUUACUCAAUCACUAAUGAAGAUGAAAGCUCAAGAAGUAGAGCUAGCUUUGGAGGAAGUUGAAAAAGCUGGAGAAGAACAAGCAAAAUUUGAAAAUCAAUUAAAAACUAAAGUAAUGAAACUGGAAAAUGAACUGGAGAUGGCCCAGCAGUCUGCAGGUGGACGUGACACUCGGUUUUUACGUGAUGAAAUUCGCCAACUCGAAAAACAGUUGGAGCAAAAAGAUAGAGAAUUGGAGGACAUGGAAAAGGAAUUAGAGAAAGAGAAGAAGGUUAAUGAACAAUUGGCUCUUCGAAAUGAGGAAGCAGAAAAUGAAAACAGCAAAUUAAGAAGAGAGAAUGAGCAACUUCGUCAGGAUAUUAUUGACUAUCAGAAACAAAUAGAUUCACAAAAAGAAACACUUUUAUCAAGAAGAGGAGAAGACAGUGACUACCGAUCACAAUUGUCUAAAAAAAACUAUGAACUUGUCCAGUAUCUGGAUGAAAUUCAGACUUUAACAGAAGCUAAUGAAAAAAUUGAAGUUCAGAAUCAAGAAAUGAGAAAAAAUCUAGAAGAGUCUGUACAGGAGAUGGAAAAGAUGACUGAUGAGUAUAAUAGGAUGAAAGCUAUCGUCCAUCAAACAGAUAACAUAAUGGACCAAUUAAAAAAAGAAAAUGAUCAUUACCGGCUUCAAGUGCAGGAGCUUACAGAUCUUCUGAAAGCAAAAAAUGAAGAAGAUGAUCCAGUCAUGGCUGCUGUCAACGCAAAAGUAGAAGAAUGGAAGUUAAUUUUGUCUUCUAAAGAUGAUGAAAUUAUUGAAUAUCAGCAAAUGUUACAUAACCUGAGGGAGAAAUUGAAAAAUGCCCAGCUUGAUGCUGAUAAAAGUAAUGUUAUGGCUCUACAACAGGGUGUACAAGAACGAGAUAGUCAAAUUAAGAUGCUCACUGAGCAAGUAGAACAAUAUACAAAAGAAAUGGAAAAAAAUACUUUCAUUAUUGAAGAUUUGAAAAAUGAGCUUCAAAGAAACAAAGGCGCUUCAGCUCUUUCCCAGCAGACUCAUUAUAGGAAAAUUCAGUCUAAGGUUCAGAUGUUAGAAGAGAGAACUAAAGAGGCUGAGAGAGCAGCUGAACUGGCUGAGGCUGAUGCUAGGGAAAAGGAUAAAGAACUAGUUGAGACGCUAAAGCGAUUAAAAGAUUAUGAAUCGGGAAUAUAUGGUUUAGAAGAUGCUGUGAUUGAAAUAAAGAAUUGUAAAAACCAAAUUAAAAUAAGAGAUCGAGAGCUUGAAGUAUUGACAAAGGAAAUCAAUAAACUUGAGUUGAAGAUCAAUGAUUUCCUUGAUGAAAAUGAGGCUCUUAGGGAGCGUGUGGGCCUCGAACCGAAGACAAUGAUUGAUUUAACUGAAUUUAGAAAUAGUAAAAGCUUAAAACAGCAGCAGUACAGAGCUGAAAACCAGAUUCUUUUGAAAGAGAUUGAAAGUCUAGAGGAAGAACGACUGGAUCUGAAAAAAAAAAUUCGCCAGAUGGCUCAAGAAAGAGGAAAAAGAGCUGCCGCUUCAGGAUUAACUGUUGAGGACCUGACCCUAACCGAAAACUUUUCUCAAGAAAAUAGAAUAGGAGAAAGGAAAUUCGAUUUUGCAAGCCUCAAAAAUAUGAGUGAAGCUCCAUCGAAGAAUGAAUUUCUUUCAAGAGAACUAAUUGAAAAGGAAAGAGAUUUAGAAAGAGGUAGAACAAUAAUAACCAAAUUUCAGAAUAAAUUAAAAGAAUUAGCCGAAGAAAAUAAGCAGCUGGAAGAAGGUAUGAAAGAAAUAUUGCAAGCUAUUAAGGAAAUGCAAAAAGAUCCUGAUGUUAAAGGAGGAGAAACAUCUCUAAUCAUCCCUAGUCUUGAAAGACUAGUUAAUGCUAUAGAAUCAAAGAACGCAGAAGGAAUCUUUGAUGCUAAUCUGCAUUUGAAAGCCCAAGUUGACCAACUUACUGGAAGAAAUGAAGAAUUAAGGCAGGAGCUCAGGGAAUCUCGGAAGGAGGCGAUCAGUUAUUCUCAGCAGUUGGCAAAAGCAAAUUUAAAGGUAGAUCAUCUUGAAAAAGAGAUCAUUCUUUUACGGCAAUCAGAAGGAUCAAAUGUUGUUUUUAAAGGAGUGGACUUACCUGAUGGGAUAGCACCAUCUAGUGCCAAUAUUAUUAAUUCUCAAAAUGAAUAUUUAAUACAUAUCUUACAGGAACUAGAAUGUAAAGAAAAUAAAUUAAAGAUCUUAGAAGAUUCUCUUGAAGACUAUAACAGAAAAUUUGCAGUAAUUCGUCAUCAGCAAAGCUUAUUAUAUAAAGAAUAUCUAAGUGAAAAGGAGGCCUGGAAAAUAGAAUCUGAAACAGUAAAAGAGGAAAAGAAAAAACUAGAGGAUCAAAUCCAACAAGAUGCUAUAAAAGUAAAAGAAUAUAAUAAUUUGCUCAGUGCUCUUCAGAUGGAUUCAGAUGAAAUGAAAAAAACAAUUUCAGAAAAUAGUAGAAAAAUCACAGUCCUGCAAGUGAAUGAAAAGUCACUCAUAAGACAGUAUACUACUUUAGUAGAAAUGGAGCGACAGCUUAGGAAAGAAAAUGGGAAACAGAAGAAUGAAUUGAUAGCAAUGGAAGCUGAAGUUGGUGAAAAAAUUGGACGUUUGCAACGAUUUAAGGAGAUGGCCAUUUUCAAGAUCGCAGCUCUCCAAAAAGUUAUAGAUAAUAGUGUUUCUUUGUCUGAACUAGAAUUGGCCAAUAAACAAUACAAUGAGUUGACUGCAAAGUACAGGGAUAUCUUGCAAAAAGAUAAUAUGCUGGUUCAAAGAACAAAUAAAUUGGAACAUUUAGAGUGUGAAAAUGCAUCCCUAAAAGAACAAAUGGAGUCUAUAAAUAAAGAACUGGAGAUUACCAAGGAAAAGCUUUACACUAUCGAACAAGCCUGGGAGCAAGAAACUAAAGUAGGAAAUGAAUCGAACAUGGAUAAGGCAAAGAAAUCAAUAACCAACAGUGAAAUUCUUUCUAUUUCCAAAAAAAUCACUAUGCUGGAGAUGAAGGAAUUAAAUGAAAGGCAGCGGGCUGAACACUCUCAAAAAAUGUAUGAACAUGUCAGGACUUCAUUAAAGCAAAUGGAAGAACGUAAUUUUGAAUUGGAAACCAAAUUUGCUGAGCUUACCAAAAUCAAUUUGGAAGCACAGAAGGUGGAACAGAUGUUAAGAGAUGAAUUAGCUGAUAGUGUGAGCAAGACAGUAAGUGAUGCUGAUAGGCAACGGAUUCUAGAAUUAGAGAAGAGUGAAAUGGAACUAAAAGUUGAAGUGUCAAAACUGAGAGAGAUUUCUGAUAUUGCCAAAAGACAAGUUGAAAUUCUGAAUGCACAGCAGCAGUCCAGGGAAAAAGAAAUAGAGUCUGUCAGAAUGCAACUGUUAGACUAUCAGGCGCAAUCUGAUGAAAAGGCACUGAUUGCCAAGUUGCAUCAACACAUCGUCUCCCUUCAAAUUAGUGAGGCCACUGCUCUUGGUAGGUUGGAGUCAGUUACAUCUAAACUGCAGAAGACAGAGGCCUGUAAUUUGCGCUUAGAGCAGAAACUUGAUGAAAAAGAACAGGCUCUCUAUUACGCCCGUUUGGAAGGGAGAAACCGGGCAAAACAUCUGCGCCAAACAAUUCAGUCUCUACGACGACAGUUUAGUGGAGCUUUACCCUUGGCACAACAGGAAAAAUUCUCUAAAACAAUGAUUCAAUUACAAAAUGACAAACUGAAGAUAAUGCAAGAGAUGAAAAAAUCUCAACAAGAGCAGAGAAAUAUGGAGAACAAAACAAUGGAAAUGGAGUUAAAGUUAAAGGGCCUGGAAGAGUUAAUAAGCACUCUAAAGGAUGCCAGGGGAGCCCAAAAGGUAAUCAAUUGGCACAUGAAAAUAGAAGAACUUCGUCUUCAAGAGCUUAAACUAAAUCGAGAAUUAGUCAAGGAUAAAGAAGAAAUAAAAUAUUUGAAUAAUAUAAUUUCUGAAUAUGAGAAUACCAUCUGCAGUCUGGAGGAGGAAAUUGUGCAGCAAAACAAGUUUCAUGAAGAAAGGCAGAUGGCCUGGGACCAAAGAGAAGUUGAGCUGGAACGUCAAGUGGACAUUUUUGACCAUCAACAAAAUGAAAUACUAAAAGCAGCACAAAAGUUUGAAGAAGCUACAGGAUCAAUGCCAGACCCUAGUUUGCCCCUUCCAAAUCAACUUGAGAUUGCUUUAAGAAAAAUUAAGGAGAAUGUUCGAAUAAUCCUAGAAACACGGGCAACUUGUAAAUCACUAGAAGAGAAACUAAAAGAAAAAGAAUCUGCUCUACGGUUAGCAGAGCAAAAUAUUUUGUCAAGAGACCAAGUAAUCAAUGAGCUGAGACUUCGAUUGCCUGCCACUGCAGAACGUGAAAAGCUGAUAGCUGAACUAGGCAGAAGAGAGAUAGAGCCAAAGUCACAUCACACACUGAAAAUUGCUCAGCAGACCAUUGCAAAUAUGCAAGCAAGGUUGAAUCAAAAGGAAGAAGUGUUAAAGAAGUAUCAACAUCUCCUGGAAAAAGCCAGAGAGGAGCAAAGAGAAAUUGUUAAGAAACAUGAGGAAGACCUUCAUAUUCUUCAUCAUAAAUUAGAACUACAGUCUGAGAGUUCACUCAGUAAAUUCAAACAAACAGCUUGGGAUUUAAUAAAACAAUCCCCUACUCCAGUUCCAACCAACAAACAUUUUAUUCGUCUGGCUGAGAUGGAACAGACAGUAGCAGAACAAGAUGAUUCUCUCUCCUCACUUUUGAUCAAACUAAAAAAAGUAUCUCAAGAUUUAGAGAGACAAAAAGAAAUCACUGAAUUAAAAAUCAAAGAAUUUGAAAAUAUCAAGUUACGGCUCCAAGAAGACCAUGCGGAUGAAGUGAAAAAAGUGAAGGCAGAAGUAGAGGAUUUAAGGUGUCUUCUGGCCCACUCGCAAAAGGAGUCACAGAGUUUAAAAUCCGAACUUCAGGCUCAAAAAGAAGCAAAUUCAAGAGCUCCAACAACUACAAUGAGAAAUCUAGUGGAACGGCUAAAGAGCCAGUUAGCUUUGAAAGAGAAGCAACAAAAAGCACUUAGUCGAGCACUUUUGGAACUCCGGGCAGAAAUGACGGCAGCAGCAGAAGAACGUAUUAUUUCUGCAACAUCUCAGAAAGAGGCAAAUCUCAAUGUUCAACAAAUUAUUGAUCGACAUACUAAAGAGCUAAAGACACAAAUUGAGGAUUUAAGUGAAAAUCUUUUAAAAUUGAGAGAAGCUCUUAAAACAAGUAAAAACAAAGAAAACUCACUAACUGAUAAUUUGAAUGACUUAACCAAUGAACUGCAAAAGAAACAAAAAGCCUAUAAUAAAAUACUUAGAGAGAAAGAUGCAAUUGAUCAAGAGAAUGAUGAGCUGAAAAGGCAAAUUAAAAGACUAACCAGUGGAUUACAGGGGAAACAUCUAAUAGAUAAUAAACAAAGUUUAAUUGAAGAACUCCAAAAGAAAAUUAAAAAGCUAGAAAGCCAACUGGAAAGAAAGGUGGAUGAGGCAGAAAUAAAGCCUGUGAAAGAAAAGAGUGCUAAAGAAGAAUUAAUUAGGUGGGAAGAAGGUAAAAAAUGGCAAACCAAAAUAGAGGGAAUUAGAAACAAGUUGAAGGAAAAAGAGGGAGAAGUCUAUAUUCUAACAAAGCAGUUGACUACUUUGAAAGAUCUUUUUGCCAAAGCUGACAAAGAGAAACUUACCUUGCAGAGGAAACUAAAAACAACUGGCAUUACUGUUGAUCAAGUUAUGGGAGUGCGAGCUUUGGAGUCAGAAAAGGAGUUGGAAGAAUUGAAAAAAAGAAAUCUUGACUUAGAAAAUGACAUUUCAUAUAUGAGGACACGCCAAGCUCUCCCUAGAGAUUCUGUCAUUGAAGAUUUACGUUUACAAAAUAGAUACCUCCAAGAAAAACUUCAUGUUUUAGAAAAACAGUUUUCAAAGGAGGCAUAUUCUAGAACUUCAACUUCCGAGGUAGAGUCAGAUGAUCAUUGUCAAAGAGAACAAGAGCUUCAGAAGGAAAAUCUGAAGUUGUCAUCUGAAAAUAUUGAACUAAAAUUUCAGCUUGAACAAGCAAAUAAAGAUUUGCCAAGAUUAAAGAGUCAAGUAAGGGAUUUGAAGGAAAUGUGUGAAUUUCUUAAGAAAGGAAAAGCAGAAGUUGAGCGGAAACUUGGUCAUGUUAGAGGGUCUGGUAGAAGUGGAAAGACAAUCCCAGAACUAGAAAAAACCAUUGGUUUAAUGAAAAAAGUAGUUGAAAAAGUCCAAAGGGAAAAUGAACAGUUGAAGAAAGCAUCAGGAAUACUGACCAGUGAAAAAAUGGCUAAUAUUGAACUGGAAAAUGAAAAGUUGAAGGCUGAAUUAGAAAAACUUAAAGUUCAUCUUGGACGUCAGUUAAGCAUGCACUAUGAAUCCAAGACCAAAGGCACAGAGAAGAUUGUUGCUGAAAAUGAAAGGCUCCGUAAAGAACUUAAGAAAGAGACUGAAGCUGCAGAAAAAUUACGGAUAGCUAAGAAUAAUUUAGAGAUAUUAAAUGAGAAGAUGACAGUUCAACUAGAAGAGACUGGUAAGAGAUUACAGUUGGCAGAGAGUAGAGGCCCACAGCUUGAAGGUGCUGACAGCAAGAGCUGGAAAUCAAUUGUUGUCACAAGAAUGUACGAAACCAAGUUGAAAGAACUGGAGACUGAUAUUGCCAAAAAAACCCAAAGCCUUACUGAUCUUAAACAGCUUGUAAGACAAGCAACAGAGAGGGAACAGAAAGCUAAGAAAUACACGGAAGACCUUGAGCAACAGAUUGAGAUUCUCAAACAUGUUCCUGAAGGUGCUGAGACAGAGCAAAGCCUUCAGCGGGAGCUUCAAGUUCUAAGAUUAGCUAAUAGUCAGCUGGAAAAAGAAAAAGCAGAAUUAAUCCAUCAGUUAGAAGUUAACAAAGACCAGAGUGGAGCUGAAAGCACUGUAUCUGAUCCUGAUCAACUCAAGGAAAAGGUAAAGGAUUUAGAGACACAGCUCAAAACUUCAGAUUUAGAAAAGCAGCAUUUGAAGGAGGAAAUAAAAAAGCUGAAAAAAGAACUGGAAAACUUUGAUCCUUCAUUUUUUGAAGAAAUUGAAGAUCUCAAGUAUAAUUAUAAAGAAGAAGUGAAGAAGAAUAUUCUCUUAGAAGAGAAGUUAAAAAAACUUUCUGAACAAUGUGGAGUUGAGUUAACUAGUCCUAUUGCUGAUUCUGAACAGUUUGAAGAUGAAGAGGAAAGUCCUGCUGAUCUUCCCAUUUAUUAAACUACCUAUACCUGUAAUUUUAUUUAACUAUUUACUUUAUAAGUCAAAACUCCAUCUGGAAAUCACACAGAUUUCUGACCUAUAUGAUUUCCUUCUUCAUACCCUGUACCUUUAUUAAAUUGAAGUUUUAGUAAAUAAAGUUAUAUGAAAUUUUAAA